UAACAAGUAAAAACGAGAGCUAAACCUGCGGGAGGCGGGCUGUGGGGGACGGUGCAUGAUAAGACCAGAAAAGGAUACGCGUCGUUACAGUGGUAAUCUUAUUUAUCAUAACAAGCCAUUUACUCUUACGCGUAGAUGUUCGUAGUUUAAUUCAAGCUUUGUACCAGGUGAGUUCUAGCAAGGAUGACGAUGCCGCACGUAGGGGCAAUAUUUGGAGCAAUAGCUGGAGUGAUGGCCAUCAUGCUGCACUCCUCUAUUCACAAGAUAGAAGAAGGACACCUCGCUGUGUACUACAGGGGUGGAGCUUUGCUGACAACUCCCAACGGUCCAGGAUAUCACAUUAUGAUGCCUUUCAUCACCACCUUCAGAUCAGUGCAGACUACUCUUCAAACUGACGAGAUCAAGAACGUGCCUUGUGGAACAAGCGGUGGUGUGAUGAUCUAUUUCGACAGAAUAGAAGUUGUGAACAUGCUCGUCCCCUCAGCAGUGGUGGAAAUUGUGAGGAACUACACGGCAGAUUAUGACAAAACUCUAAUUUUCAACAAAAUUCACCAUGAACUCAACCAGUUCUGCAGUGUGCACACAUUACAGGAAGUCUACAUCGAGCUGUUUGACAUCAUAGAUGAGAACCUGAAGGUUGCUUUGCAGAAAGAACUUACUAUUAUGGGACCUGGACUUACAAUUCAGGCAGUUCGUGUUACCAAGCCAAAGAUCCCUGAAUCUAUCAGGAGGAACUUUGAACUCAUGGAGGCAGAGAAGACCCGUCUGAUGAUAACAGCACAGACUCAGAGGGUGGUGGAAAAGGAGGCCGAGACCGAACGGAAGAGGGCCAUUAUUGAGGCUCAGAAAGUGGCUCUGGUAGCAGAGAUCCAGUUCCAGCAGAAAGUGAUGGAGAAAGAGACGGAGAAGAAGAUCUCUGAAAUCGAGGAUUCUGCCUUCUUGGCCAGGGAGAGGGCUCGAGCUGAUGCAGAAUAUUACACUGCUGCCAAGUUUGCUGAAUCAAACAGGGUGAAGUUAACCCCGGAGUACCUGGAGCUGAUGAAGUACCAAUCCAUAGCCGCUAACAGUAAGAUCUACUUCGGCCAGGACAUCCCCAACAUGUUUGUAGAGGGAGCCGACAGCCCCCCUAAGUCAGCGCGUCCCCCCCACAACGCUCAGACGGAGCACUGAACUCCAGAUGACGGGAGGGAAAGCUUUGCAGCUGGUUUGGUGAAUAAUAAGGCACUAAAUGGCAAAGAAAGAGUGAGAUAGAUUGAUGACAAGCAGGAGUGAGAGCAAAAAUAAUGCGAGAAAAAGGGAACUUUUUUUUUUUAACCUUCUAAUCUUUUUGGAGGGCAAGUUUUAGGAAGGAGAAUGAUGCCAUAGUGAAAAAUUAACAGCAUACUUAAUGCUUCUGCUUGAGAGAGCGACAGCAAGUAGUCGCCCUGAUUUACAUGUGCUUGCAAUCAGUGCAGUGUUUAACUCGGCUGUUAGAUCUGCAUCCUUUUCAUGUGUUGUAUGCAAGAGGAGAGAUUUGUGAUAAAUGAUUUUGGAGGAUUCAUUUCUGGUUGAGUAGGACUGGAAUCUAACAGGUGACACUAAUUAAUUAAAUGCUGUAUGGUUUGUGUAAGUGUGGUGUGAGGAGGCAAUCUUCUCUUACACUAAAUCACUCGUGGGCUCUUCUCUCUCAACAUGAGUCAGUGUGAGGUCUGUUUAAUCCCACUUCAUAUCUAACCGUUCCAUUUGGCUGAAAUCCUACAGACAUGAAAACUGAGAUUAUUUCAAACAAUAGCGUUGUAGAAAAAGUGGCCUGACUUUGUUAUACUUUCCCCUGAUUUCAAAUAGAACUUUACGGAUACUCAAGUCUUUAAAGGUGGAGGGGUAUUGUGUGUUUAUAUAGUUAAUAAACUGUGGUGUCAGAUUAGUAGUAAUGUAGUAGCUUGGUGGUCGUUUGCUGUUAUUAGAUGUGGUUGAGUGCAGCCUCUUCAGAAAGACUUGAGAUGAACCUGCUGUGGCAUUAACUGUGAGCUAAAGGAUAGUCCUCUUAAAGCUAAUUUAAACCCAUAGAAAAUAAGGUAACUGAUAUUAGAGUGAACCAAUAAAGCAUUUGAUUUAUAGUGCCACAGGGUGGAGUCCGGAUUUGUAUUCCUCGUUGAGAUGUCAGCACAUCUUUCUUUCCUACGUCUGGUUUUGAUUAUUAGGGCCAUCCAUGCAUGUGGAAAUGUGUAGUGGCUUGAUUCAGAUGAUUAUUAGCGCCUGCAAUUGUCAGCCAACUCUUGUUAUGCAGCUUAUUCAGAUGUGGUGAAAUGUAAAUUCUCAGGAAAUUGACUUUUAUUUUGUUGAAACAGUUGCUCAAUGUUGCUGAAAAUUAAAAAAUUAAAAAUUGGACUCUGGUGACACCAGUUGGAUAAUCAAAGCUUUGGUUAUCCACAUUAAAGGUGUCAUUUUGAGUCCACCAUCAUUUUAUUGUACCGUCUAUUCGUAGUCGGUGCAAAUAAGGUCUUGAAAAAAACAGAAGAGAAUAAGACAAUGGCUAACUUCCAAUAUCAAUGUUUAUAUUUUCCUGCAAUCCAAGAAUUGAUAGAAUGCAAAGUGUAUUCAUUCUUUGCUAAAGAAGAUAAUACACAGCUCCUGAUUACAGUAUUAACUUAGGUAGAAAUGAAUUACACUUCUCAUCAGUUUUGUAUGAUAUGAGUUCCAGUACUACACAAUAACAAGCUUUGGUUAAUGUUGAUGAAGCUGUGGCUUAAAUAAGAUGCAAGUUGGUGCUAGUUUUAAUUAUCUGUUUAAGCUUGUGGAUUUUGUUCAGCUCUACUACAUAAUUCUUCCACUAUCAGAAUGCAAGCCUUAAAUAUUGAUGGGUUAGCCUAGACUUACGAUUAAGUGAUUCUUAUAUACUAUAAAGCUCCUUUUAACUUAACUGUGAGACCUCUUAAGAUCUUGGAUGUACAUAAAGAGCUGCGGCCUCAUCAUAGACUCUGUGGAGACAGAACUAGCAGUGGGCGCUUCAGGUGUUCACAACAUGUCGUGAUGUUUACUUGACCUACGAAUGGCACGAAAGGCUUCUUUCUGCGUUUGCUUUGGUGGUGGGUUCAAAUAGAAAUGCAAAAGAGGGGAAUUAAUCACUCAUGAAAAUGAUUUUUUUUCCCGUCUAUUUUGUACGGUCUGUGAAAAUUCAACAUUAUCUCCUUGUUUUAAAAGAUUUAUAUGCAAAAAUGUUUUCAAGUUUUGACAAUGUUCUUAUGUAAAAUAAAACCUAUUUUGGUACCUCUCUUCUC